GCAUAACCCCAGUAUCCAGUACUGCUAUAUCGCCAUCUGUUUGUUGUUCUUAUCAACCAACAUCGCGGAGCCCCGAGUACCCCACUAACGUAGGUCCUCGCCGCCAUGGCUCUUAAGAAGCGCCUGGGUUUGGGCAGCUUAAUGCGCAAGAGGUCUUCACAAGAUGUUCCAGCGGACAGCGAUGCUGACACACCUGACGCGAACGCCGCUCGAGGAGUGAAGCUGUUCUGCGAAGCUGGCGCCGCCAACUCGGGCGACGAAGUCCUCCACCUCCCAACUAUCGUCGAAGCCGCCGAGUCCAGUCCUUCCGCUGCCGCCGCGUCUGCCUCACAGAUCCACAAGUUCCUCUCCAAGGAUAACUACACCCGUCCACAUGUCCAAUACAGUGCGAUCAUGCUCAUACGCAUCCUGGCCGACAAUCCAGGCCCGUCGUUCACGAAGAACCUUGACAAGCAGUUCGCGGAUACAGUGAAGCGUUUGCUGCGAAACGGAACAGACACAAGUGUCGCACAGAUUCUCAAGGAGACACUGAACGCGCUGGAGCGGGAGAAGGCAUUUGACACCAAUUUGAACGCAGUCUUCGCCAUGUGGAGAAAAGAGAAGGCCCUCAUGGAGAAUGCAGCGAAGCAGUUCGGUCCCCGCAGGCUCGACGCGCCAGGCUGGAGUGCUGGUCAGCAGUUCCAGGCUGGCUUCAGCUCAGGAGGAAGUCGAUCGAAGUCAAGAGGGUUGCCUCCGCCAGUUGAGCUGGCAGCGCGCAUUGAAGAAGCUCGCACGUCUGCUAAGCUACUUCUCCAGCUUGUGCAAUCCACACCACCGAAUGAGCUGAUCGGCAACGACCUGGUCAAGGAGUUCGCAGAAAGGUGUAUAUCAGCUCAGCGCAGUAUACAGAGCUACAUUGCCUGCGAUAACCCAACGCCCGACGACGACACGAUGCUCACGCUCAUCGAGACAAACGAGCAGCUCUCCCUCGCUGCAUCGAAGCACCAGCGUGCUGUGCUUCAGGCUCGUCGCGCCAUCGGCGCCUCGCCAUCACCUCCCGCGCAACAGACACCCCCAAUACUGCCUCCGGUCAACAAUGCUCCAUCAGGAGUUCCAGCAAGUUCAUAUGACCAGCCGGCGAUACCCCAGCGCAACGACGUACAGGCGCCAUCACCUGUGGACACUCUGCCUACAGACCCAUAUCCGUUGCCAAACACAGCACCGUACGGCGCACCACAAUCUCAAGCAUCCGCAGUUCAGAGCUCGAACAACAGCAGCAUUCCUGCAUCCCUUCAGGCGGCACCCAACCGCCAAAGCUCUGCCCCCCAGCAGCAAGACGAGGAUCCUUUUGCUGACCACUACACAUCGACCUACACACCGCCCACGAAUCCACGAUCAAAUGGCUACGGAGGGUCGCCAGACUCGUAUCAUCCAGGUUACCAGUCAACGCCAUCCUACCUGAAUCGACAGGAGAGCUCUGCAAACAACCUGACAAUGCAUGGCGCAGCCAUCCAAGAGGAGGAUGCAGGUCAGCACCCGCGGACACCAGAGCACAACGCGACUCAGCCACAGCAACACGACGUAUCUCCAAUUGCAGAGCGCAACACAGUCACGUACAGAUAUUAGGGUGAUGUUGAGUAAU